AUUUAAAUUUGCCGCUCGAGGACUUUUAUUUUCAAAUAUAUACUGUACAAAGUUAUUAUAUAUUUAUUUCUUACAAAAUUUGAUUAGCAAAACAACGAAGAAAUGAUAACUUCUUGUAAUAGAGUCAUUUUCGUGUGAAAUAUAUUAUUUGAAUUUAAUAUCGAUAGUAAGUUUAAUAGGACGAAAAUGGAACUACCUGCUUACGUCAAUAGCUAAUUAUAAUACACGUACUAUUAAUUUAAUAUUCUAGUACUGUCAUUCUGUAUACUUCAAGCGAUUAAGGUAACGUACAAUUUAUUAAAAUUCCUGACAUAAAAAUUAAAAUGAAAGACGGCAGCAGAUUGCUAUCAAUUCUUUUGAAAGUUUCGGAAAAAGCAGCAAACAUUGCAAGAGCCUGUAGACAGAACGAUGCUCUGUUUAAAUUACUUGUGCAAGAAAAAUCAGAGGAGGAGAAGAAUCCACGCUUUUUUCAAGAUUUCAAGACACUGGCAGAUGUUCUUAUACAAGAAACAAUUAGACAUGACUUAGAAAUUGAAUUUCCAGAAUUGGCAAAGGUAGUACAGGGUGAAGAAAAUAACACAUUUAGCAAUGCCAUGGGUGAAUCUAUAGUGGUAGAAGUUUGCUCUACCAUUGAAGAAACAACUCAGUUAUUAGCCAAAGUGAUGGGCAGUGAUACUGCAACUGCUGAAUUAUUAGCAACCGAAGUUCACAAAGAUGUUCAAUUCCUAGAUGUUCCAGUGGCUGCAGAACUGCCUCUGGAUUUUGAUAUUAAUAUUUCUGAUCUUGGAAUAUGGAUAGAUCCAAUUGAUUCAACAGCAGAUUAUAUAAAUGGAGGUGAAAAGGUGGAUGAUGUCACUGGCAUGCACUUGAGUGGUUUAAGGUGUGUUACUGUCUUGAUUGGGGCAUAUUUGAAGAGCACAGGCAUACCAGUUGUUGGGGUAGUUAAUCAACCUUUUUAUACAAAUGAGAAUUUAUCAUGGAAAGGCAACUGUUAUUGGGGACUUGUGGAAAAUGAUACUGGAAAAUGUUCCAUAAAUGAAGAACCUAAUGAUAAAAUGAUAGCUGUUAUUAGUAGAGUAGAAGAUGUUAAUAUAAAAUCUAAACUAUUAAAUGCUGGGUUCACAUUAGUAGAAGCUACAGGAGCUGGUUAUAAAAUUUUAAGUGUUGCUCUUGGACAAGCUGAUGUUUACAUUUUAUCAAAAAGUUCUACAUACAAGUGGGAUACUUGUGGUCCUCAUGCCCUUUUACGUUCUUUACAUGGGGGCAUCAUUGAAUUCCAGACAUUUAUAGAUAAUUCUGAUUUAAACUAUACGGAUAUAAAAUAUAUAUCUACAACUAAUAAUUCGUCAAAUAGCUCUGGUUUGAUAGCUUAUCGGAAGUUUGAAAGCUUGCAAACUUUAAAAUCUAUUUUAUGCAAAUAAUGCAUUUCUAACACUGCUGAUUAUAGUAUUAUUUUAUUUACUUACAUAUUUUAUAUAUAGUGAUAAUAAUUCUAAGUGGAAUUUUAAUGUUUCUAAGAAGAAUUUAUUUUUGUUGUAUUUAUUGUUACUUGCAAUGUUACUUUUUAUGGAUAUAGGUGGCUUCUUCCAUAGUAAAUAUUAUUGUAUAAAAUCGCAUUUAUGUUGAGCAUAUACAUGAAAAGAUUAAUCAUGUUAAGAACAAAUCAUUCCUGUAUGAAGUGUACGCGUGUUAAAUAAUUUACCUCUUUCUAGUCCAAUUUAUAAAGGGCAAAGGGUUCAAAUGAAUUAUACUUCCAUUUUUAUUCCAAAGUAUUUUAGAAAUCAAAAUUUAUAUGUGAUAUUGUUAUGUGAUUAAUAUUUUAACAGAGUAUAUUAAAAAAAUGUAUCAAUAGUACUUAAGGUAAAAUAAUUGCGUAAAUUAUUUUAUUCUGUAUUUUAAUAUUUGACGCUUGAAUGAAUAGUAAACAUUGUAUAAUUAUUUAAUACCAUAUUCAAGAAUCGUUGUUACGAUUUUUAUUGAAAUUAAAUAAUUACGAGCAUUAUUUGAAAUCUUCGCGCGGUUGCCGACUAAAAAUCAGUGGCGCCAUCUAUUGGUUUGUCCCCGAAGCUCCGAUUUUUAACAGGAUCACAGAACAGCCGAGGAAGUGGCACAAAUCGCGGAUGUUAGUGCGAGAGAGAAAGGAAUAUGUGCGACUGAUUUCUAGUCUGUAACCGCGCGAGGAUUUCAAAUAAUGCUCGUAAUUAUUUAAUUUCAAUCAUAAUCACAACGACGGUCAACGAUGGUCCUUGAAUGUUGUUAUUGUACUACACUUUACACCAGGAGUGUUGAAGUGCAUAAAUUGUUCGUAGGAAAUCAGUAAACAAUCGAAUAAUUCAAAUAUUAAGGAAAACAGACCGCUGUAAAAACACUUUUGAUAAAGGUAUAUUUAGGAAAUGUUUAUAAAGAAACUAGGCGAUGAAUUAUGUUCAAACUUUCAGUAUGUUUUAUUGAGCAUAUAAAUAAACAAAAACUGGUCUUACAAUGUCAUUAACAUGGAGUCAUUUGAUUUAACAAUGUGUACAAGUGAACAAAAAAUUGUCUUAAACUAGAUACUUAUGGUACUUACAGAUUUCUUAUAAUUGAUUUGUUAAUGAACUUUAGGUGAACGUUACGCGAAUGUGUCUUUCUAAAUGGAUUUUACUGUUUUUUGUACUUUUGUUUCCUUCUUCGAAAAUCGCUUUAUAGUAUUCUCGGUUUGUGCAAAAGAAGAAGGUGUUCAAUGUACUUGUACCAUACUUUAUGUAGGCUAUUUUGUAUAACAAAUAUGCGAUGCAAUAUACUUUUCAAUAUGAA